AUGUCGGGCAUUUCAUGGGAAAAGAACGUGGAUGUCCAGCCAUAUAACACGUUCAACGUCCCAUCUACCGCGCGAUGGCUUGUUCGCGUGCAAAACAUCAGCAAUCUUUACGAGCUUGUGAAUUCGACCCAAUUCCAUAACAAGCGAUCCUUAAUUCUUGGCGGCGGAAGCAACAUUCUAUUCGCGAAUGCCCAAUAUGACGGCAUUGUUUUGAAGAAUGAGAUACAAGGUAUCAAGAUCCAAUCAGAGGAUGAUCAACACGUAACGCUCCGUGUUGGCGGAGGCGUUGAAUGGGUCUCUCUGGUGGAUUAUUGUGUCCAAAAUGACCUUGGAGGAAUUGAAAAUCUUUCCUUGAUACCUGGCACAGUUGGUGCAGCACCUGUUCAAAAUAUCGGUGCUUAUGGUGCAGAGCUCAGCGAUGUCCUGGUAGCGGUCGAGGUAUUUGAUCUUGAUACUGGGCAAGCUCGAACGAUGCCGAAGGAUGAAUGCGAACCCAAGUAUCGAGGGAGCAUCUUCAAGGACACGCUGAAAAGUGUAAUGAUAUGUGCUGUCACAAUCAGGGUAGUCAAAGCGCGAUUCUACAGCGUAAAUACUGGCUAUGGUUUGAUUCGAGAUGUUUUAUUGGAACUGGGUAUCUCUACACCGACAAUUCGAUCAGUCAGUGAGGCGAUAUGUUUAUUGCGCAAACGAAAAAUACCUGAUCCCAAAAGUAUUGGAAAUGCAGGAAGUUUCUUCAAGAAUGUGGUCUGCGAUGACUCGAUUCGCAGGAGUAUCGAGAGUGUUGAUGCGAAUACACCCUUUUAUCGCAAUCCUGACGGGACAUAUGUGAUACCUGCGGCGUGGUUGAUUGAGAAAUGUGGAUGGAAAGGAAGACAGUUUGAUAAUGUCGGAGUAUCGAGUCGUCAUGCACUAGUUCUUGUGAAUCUUGGUCGGGCAGAAGGUCGUGAGAUUGUUUGGUUGGCGGAGUUGAUCAUGCGAGAUGUACAAGCUCAACUUGGAUUGUUAUUAACGCCAGAAGUAAACAUUAUCAGAUAG